GGCGAGGCCUCCACCGGGAUGCGCUUCACGGGUUCCAGGGUCGGCCUCCCGCUCGCAGGCAACGCGGUUCUGCUGCUCCUGGCUCGCUGGUGGUUGCCGCCCGCUGAGCCCGCGUCCUCGCGGCGCGCGCCCCCGCUGAGCCCGCGGCCCGCCCGCUGGCUCGCCGGCGCGCCCGCGGCGGCCGCGCCGGCGGCCGCGCCGGCGGCCGCGCACUCCCCGCCGUUCGAGGCCGCCGAGCUCCUGCUGCCGCUGGCUGACUGCCGGGCCGCCGUGGGCGCGAGGGAGGCAGCGCGCGCCUGUUCCUCGCCUUGCCCGCCGUGCCCUUCGUGCGAGGCGGGCAGCGGGCCUCGGCACUCCCUGGCGGGGGAGGCGGCGCGGUGCGGCCGGCCUUCCGCUGCUGGGCUUCGCCUGGCGCACAAGCUCGUCGUGGUUGCGCUCUCGUCUCGCGGGCUGGAUCACUAUGCUGACCUCACGCCCGGCUUUGACGUGUACGCCGAGGAGUACGAUGCAGGAAACGCUGGCGUCCGCAACUGGUGGAGGGAGUGGGGCCCCGCCGCCGCGCCGUUGGGCGCCGUCACUCCAGCUGGACUGCGGCACUCCGACCUCGCCGCGAUGCCGACGGUCGCCCAGCUGGCGCAGGCCUGCGCCCGCGGAACCGCGAAGAUGGCCGACCAAGAACGUGACGCUGGUGCGGGUUCUGCUGCAGCCGUUCCUGCUCCUGGUGUUGCUGGUGGCUAUGGUGCCUUUCCUGCCCUCGCCGCCGCUGCGGGCGGGGCCCCCUUGGGAGGCAGCAUCGCCGCGGGCGCGCCUGCUGCCGCAGGCGGCACCGCCGCUGCCGCCCCCGCCCCCGCCCCAGCAACCGCUGCUGGCGCGGCGAGCGCCCCCGCUGCGGGAGGGCUGGCGGGGCCCGCUGCGCGGGUUGCUGCCCCGCGCGCCGCUGGAGGUGACGGUGCUGUCGCUGCCGCACCCCCUGCGGUCGAUGGCGGAGCCGCCGCCAGGCUUGGAGACUUUCGGACUCUCGCGACCGCGUGCGACGUGCAGGGGCCGCUACAUCGGGAGUUCAGGGACUGCGUCCAGCUCGUGCGGCCGACGAGCCUUCCCGAUCGGGACGUGCCUGGCCCCGCCACGUACCACUGGGUCACGACUUACCAGGUGGAGAACGGAGGCUCUCCGAUGGGACGCCCCCAGGCUUGGAAGGCUGCUCUCGGAUGGGCUGCGUCUGUGAACGACCCCAUCGUUUCGUUGCAUCACGAGUUCUCGAAGAUCAUGCAGAAAGGGUACACGGACAAGCUGGGGUGUUCUCGUUCCCCCGACAGCGGAGGCCACGAGCAGUUCUUCUUCGUGGGAAUGCGGUCCGCCCGUGGGUUCAUGGUAUGGCCUGCCCUGUCGGAGUGGAUCUCCGCGCAGCUUGCCGCCGAUUCAGCCAUCGCGAAGGAGCGCCGCGAGGCGC